AUGGAGACCCAGCACGACAACUCAAUUCCCUUUCUAGACGUCCUCAUCACCAAGACACCAUCCGGAUUUCCAUCUCAUCAAGUAUACCGAAAACCCACCCACACAGACCGCUACCUCAAUUUCCGCUCACACCACCACCCAUCCGUCCACCAAUCAGUCGCCGACACUCUCGUCAGACGAGCCCACCAACUCAGCGAUAAGGCCCACUUACAACAGGAACUCAAGCACGUGACCAAUGCACUCACCACCAUCAACCAUUACCCCAGGAGAAGGAUCAACACUCAUCCGUCCAACCGCCAACCCAGCACCAACAGCGACAGCACCCAAACCAAACCUAUCGCCACCAUAGCACUUCCCUACAUUGGCAAGGCUUCACACCGAUUACAACGCAUCCUUCACUCUGCCAACAUCCUCGUCAGACACCAAUCCUCUCGAAAACUACACUCCAUCCUGCACUCUCACAAGGACAAGCACCCAUCCAACAAGCAACCAGGCGUUUACAAGAUCCCCUGCGACUGUGGCAAAGUCUACAUCGGAGAAACCGGCCGAGACUUCGACACCAGACUAAAGGAACAUAAGACCCACCACCGACGCAGCGACUGGGACCGAUCUGCCAUUGUCAAACACGCACAACAGGAAAAUCACCGCAUAGACUGGGACAAUAGCCAUCUAAUCACCAACAUCCGGCACUGGAAUACCAGAAGGGUCAGGGAAGCCAUUGAGAUACAUCAACACCACACUGUGCCUCAAGACCCUGGCCUCCACAUCAACAGCAUCUGGCACCCAAUCCUACGUCACCACCCAACUUCCAACCAAUCCACAACCAACUCCAACAAGCCACCAACCACCGUCACCUCACCAAGCCCUCCUACCAAACACAGCAGUCUGAUCGAAUCACCAACUCAACCAGCGAUUUCGCCAACACACACACCGCCGCCACCGACUUCGCCAACACACACACCGCCGCCACCGACACCUCGCUACAACCUCCGCCGACGACCCAACACCUCAUCCGCACACCAGGCCACCCACUCAAUCCCGCCGAAGCCUACCCGACGAGUCCGCCGACCAACACGCACAGAUCGCCAUAACUGA